AUGUCCACCGCGUCCGAGGUCGACGCGCUCGAGCGCGAACUCGCGGGGUUAGCGCUCGAUGCGAAGAAGAACGGUGAUCCGAGCGCGGCGCUCGAACGCAUGCUCGCGCUGGAGAAGACGCACCGGUUGGCGGCGGAUGCGGUGGCGGUGCCGAGGUUGUGCGUGGCGAUCUUGGAUUUACUUCGGGCGCACGACGAUUGGGACGGCGUGCGAGAACACGUCGCGGCGUUGGCGAAACGACGGGCGCAGUUGAAGCAAGCGAUCGCGGCGAUGGUUCGUCGGUGUAUGGCGUUUGUCGAUGAGGCGCCGGACGCGACGCAGAGAAGGAAGCUGAUCGAGACGCUGUGCGACGCGACGAAUGGGAAGAUUUUCGUAGAGGUUGAAAAGUCGAGGCUGACGAGAAAGUUGGCGGCGAUGCACGAGGAGGAAGGACGGAUCGAGGAGGCGUGUGCGGUCAUGCAGGAGGUGGCGAUCGAGACCUACGGGGCGCUCACGAGGCACGAGAAGUUGUUCUUCAUCGAGGAGCAAGUGCGCCUGUGCCUGGCGAAGAAGGAUUAUCUCCGCGCGUUAAUCUUGAGUCGUAAGAUCAACCCGAAGACCUUCGACGAGCUCAUCGAGAAGGGAAAGAAGGAAGCCGAGAAGGAAGCCGUGAAGGCGAAGAACGAGAGCGAGCGAAGCGAGGCUGAGAAGGAGGCGCUAAGGAAGGAAAAGUUGAAAAAGGAGGGACAGGUUGAGCACGCCGAGGGGUACUUUGAACCGACUGACGAGGGCAUUCCCUCGCUCGAGGCGCUCAAGCUGCGAUAUUACGAGCUCAUGGUGGAGUACUAUAGUCAUAGCGAUCAGUAUCUCGAGAUUUGCCGGUGCUAUCAGAACAUUCUGGAGUGCGCGGAGGUGAAGGACGAUGCAGAGAGAUGGGCGCCGACGCUCAAAAAAGUUGUCUGGCUCGUGUGCAUGUCCAAGCACGAACCGAUGCAGCAGUCCAUUCUGCACGGUGUCAAGGGUAACUUGAAGCUCAGCGAUUUACCCGCGCACCAGGCGUUGGUGAAGCAAUUUUGCACCAAGGAGAUCAUCCACUGGACGACGCUCCAAGAGCGGUACGCGCAAGAGAUCUCCGACGAGACGGAGCUCUUCGGCGGCGACAAGGGCACGAAGCGCGUCGAGGAUCUCAAGCUCCGGGUCAUCGAGCACAACAUGCUCGUCAUCGCCGCGUAUUACUCGCGCAUGUCCCUGAGCAGACUCUCCGAGCUCUUGUGCCUCAGCCCGGAGGAGACGGAGAAGCAUCUGUCUUCGUGCGUCGUCGACAAAUCAGUCGCCGCGAAGAUCGACCGUCCCGCCGGUCUCGUCGACUUUACCGUUUCCAAAUCCAGCCACUGGCUCCUGAACAAGUGGGCGUCCAACGUCGACUCGUUGCUCUCGUGCUUAGACAAGGCGUCGCACCUCAUCGCCAAGGAGUCGCAAACGCACAAGGUGGCGCUCACGUCAGCGGACUAG